UUUAAAUAGUGGGCUGGACCGAGUACGCCUCCUUAACUAUGACUUACUGUUCUCUCUUAUGUAGAAUACAUCCAAGCCAGGGGAAAAACUACGUUUGACACAUUUAAUAGAGCAAUUUAUUACUGUUUAUCAUAAAUCUAGCAAAUUUAAGUAACGUUGCCUCUUUUCGUCAUUUUAAAACCUUGAAUUCUUGAUCCUAUGCUAACAUAGUCACCAACAGCGAGUCCGCGCGGCACGUGAAUCAUAAUAACAAAUUAACUCGUUGGCGUGUUGGCUAUUCCGUAUUUCCCGUCGAUUCUACUUUUAUUUUAGCGGUAGCGUCAAGCGAGUUCAUUCAUUUCAGCGCUCGGUCUAAGCUAGAAAACAGUGCUGGUGUUACUGUGUUGUUUUUGUUUUUAUUCGCAAAGUGGCCGCAGUCAUGUCGUCCAAUCAACAACUAACUCAACGAACUCCAAAACAAAACGAAACGUUAAAUUCGGAUUCAGGAGUCAAAAUGUCCCAAGUGGAGAAAAACGAAGAAGUGCCCAAUCAGUCUGGACGCGAAACGGCUGAUAACAAAAGUAACGAGGAAGAAGUGGCAAAAGAAAAAAGGGUCAAGACAGACAGUGAAAAGGGACUGGGAGAUGACUUCGCCAAAAAUGAAAGAGACACAGAAAUAGACAUUGCGACAAAAAAGGAAGGCGACGAUGGUCGUGAAGGUAUCAACGGGAAUAAAACUCCGGAUGUGCGACCUAGUUUUGUUGAAUCCGUUUUGGGCGGGGGAGAAAUACCCGACAUUAACUUCUAUCAGCAUAAGAAAACCAUGGCGAAAGGGAUGAUGGAUUUGGCGUUGUUCUCAGCUAAUGCGAAUCAGUUGCGAUACGUUAUGGAAUGUAGAGACAGGCAUCCGUACUUUUACCCCAGUGCGAUUUUAAUCUCGUUCAGCUUAAUUUGUCAAGUUGCUGUCGGGAUUACGCUUUUGUGGAACUCCAUGUAUAACGUAAAACAUGAAAUGCAGCAAGCAAAUAGGGCCAACAACUACACAGUUAUAGGAAUAUUUCUUGUGACCGUCAUCAAUGUGUUUGUAUCUGCGUUUGGUGUUGCAAAUCCGCCCCCAGUUGGAUAAAAAUGUCUGCUUUUUAGGAUUAAGUGACCUUAAUUUUAUACUGUGAUAUUACGUUUUGUACGAACUUAGGGUGUAAAUUCGUUAACUUAUUUGUAAUAAGUACUUUAGAAUUAAUAAACAUGGCAACGUUUA